AUGCUGCAUGCAUCAGAACCCAACGCACAAGGACAAGCAAGGAUUGACCCAUUUGUGAAUAAUCUAGCAGCAAAGUUUCAGUCGGCAUUUUACCCAUAUGAAAAUCUUUCUGUUGAUGAGAUGGUGAUUGGUUUCAAAGGCAGGUUUCUUGCUAAACAGUACAAUGCAGCCAAGCCUCACAAGUAUCAUAUAAAGACAUUUGGUCUUUGUGAUUCAAUCACAGGCUAUGUUUAUCUUGAUCCAACAUCAACUCACACUGUAAAGGUAUUUUCAACCCUGCUACAGGGUGUUGAAAGUUACCAUCAUCUAUUUGCAGAUAGAUUUUAUACAUCACUCCCUCUCAUUCAAUUUCUUUUAUCCAUGAAACUGAAUUAUACUGGCAAGUUGAAUAAAAACCGCAAAGGAUUGCCGCAGCAGCUAAAACAACAACCAACCAUCUUUGGAACUCAGAGAUGGUUAGUUAAUAAUGAGCAGAAUAUCCUUUGCGUUUCCUGGAGGGAUAAAAAAUCCAAAAAAACCUUGCAUCCUACUGACCACAAAUGGAAGUUCUACAUUUGA